GAAUCGCUACCCAUUAAUUUAGGUUUGCAUUAAAUAAAAUAAAAUAAAAUAAAAUAAAGAAGUGCGAUUAUCCUCUGACUCAGUUGGGGGAGGGGUCUCGACUAGUGUUGAGUCUCUUUAUUCGAGGCUGUGUGACACGCAGCUUCUUGAGUCCUGACACGUCAAUGGAGGCUUCCGCGAUUCCUCAGCACCAUCACCACAGCCGUCCCACCACCACCAGGAAAGAGUUUCAGAUCUGAAGGAAACGAAGAUAGGGUGUAAUAUAUUUUUUUAUCGAAUUCAAAAUGUUAGAGCAAUUACUGAUAUUUACGAGAGGGGGCUUGAUCCUCUGGACGUGCAAGGAGCUCGGAAAUGCUCUUAGAGGAUCACCAAUAGACACACUGAUUCGAUCCUGCCUAUUGGAGGAGCGAUCUGGUGCAGCUUCAUACAAUUAUGAUGCAUCCGGAGCAGCUUAUACCCUUAAAUGGACGUUUCAUAACGAACUUGGGCUUGUCUUUGUAGCAGUUUAUCAACGUAUUCUGCAUCUAUUGUAUGUUGAUGAUCUGCUUUCAAUGGUGAAGCGCGAGUUCUCAGAGAUAUAUGAUCCCAAAAGGACGGUAUACAAUGAUUUUGAUGAUGUUUUUAGGCAGCUCAGGAAGGAGGCGGAGAUGAGAGCCGAGGAGAUGAAGAAAUCGAAGCAGGUGGGUAGGCCUGUUGGUAAUGGGAAGAAGCAAGGUCAGGUGCAGAAGGGUGGGUUUGAAGGGGGAAGUAAGAAGAAAAGUGGCGGUGUGGUGGAAAAUGAUGGAGGGGAUGGUGUAAAGGCGAAAGGUAGGAAAUUGGAGAAUGGACAUUCAAAUGGGAAACAUGUUGGAUUUGAAGAAUCCAGGGCAGUUGGUGUUGUUAAUGGUAAAGAAAAUGAAAGUUCCAAUGUUGGGGCUUUCGAUGUAAAUAAGCUUCAGAAGCUAAGAGCUAAAAGCGGGAAGAAAACAGAUACUGUUGCUAACAAGGUUUCCAAGGUGGAGCCACAGAAAAAGGUGACGAAGAAAAAUAGAGUUUGGGAUGAUUCUCCUCCAGAGAAAAAAUUGGAUUUUACAGAUCCUGUGGAUGAGAAAGGGGACGAGAAUGUUGUGGUUGCCGUAAAUGAAGGUGACAGUUUGAUGGACACAGAAGAGAUCAUUAGCAGUGAAAGUGAGGCUGAAGAGGAUGAGGAUGUAGGAAAGGACAACAAGGCUGAUACCAAGAAGAAGGGGUGGUUUUCUUCUAUGUUCCAGAGCAUUGCUGGGAAAGCAAAUUUGGAGAAGUCAGACCUGGAGCCAGCUUUGAAAGCUCUUAAAGAUAGGCUUAUGACCAAGAAUGUGGCUGAGGAGAUAGCCGAGAAGCUUUGUGAAUCAGUGGCAGCAAGUCUUGAAGGCAAAAAGCUAUCCUCAUUUACAAGGAUAUCAUCGACAGUGCAAGCAGCAAUGGAAGAGGCUCUUGUUCGUAUUUUGACCCCCAAACGCUCCAUUGACAUUCUGCGGGAUGUGCAUGCUUCCAGGGAACAGAGGAAACCAUAUGUUGUUGUUUUUGUUGGUGUUAAUGGAGUUGGAAAAUCCACCAAUCUGGCUAAGGUUGCCUACUGGCUUCUGCAGCAUAAGAUUAGUGUCAUGAUGGCUGCUUGUGAUACAUUUCGAUCAGGAGCUGUUGAGCAGCUGCGUACUCAUGCACGUAGACUCCAGAUACCUAUAUUUGAGAAGGGUUAUGAGAAAGAUCCUGCAGUUGUAGCAAAGGAAGCCAUCCAGGAGGCCACGCGCAAUGGUUCUGAUGUGGUGCUUGUGGAUACAGCUGGUCGGAUGCAGGAUAAUGAACCAUUGAUGCGAGCGCUCUCGAAGCUCAUCUACCUCAACAAUCCAGAUCUGGUACUGUUUGUUGGGGAGGCGUUGGUCGGGAAUGAUGCUGUGGACCAGCUGUCAAAGUUCAAUCAGAAAUUAGCAGACCUCUCAGCUUCUGCAAAUCCUAGAUUGAUUGAUGGAAUCUUGCUCACCAAGUUUGACACCAUUGAUGACAAGGUGGGAGCUGCGCUGUCGAUGGUGUACAUAUCAGGAGCACCGGUGAUGUUUGUGGGGUGCGGCCAGUCAUACACUGACCUCAAGAAGCUCAAUGUGAAGUCUAUUGUGAAAACCCUCCUCCAAUAAACAAAGGUCCUUGCCCAAUGCCCCUUUCAUCCUCGACUGCUUUUGAUUCUGUCGUCUGUUUUGUGUUCUGAACAACAUUUCGCUGAGGGACUGUUGCUAUGAUCUUCUGUAAUGUCUCUCUGUGUCCCCCAUGACCUCAUUUCCUUUUGAUUUUGGAGGCGAAUCGGUUUGUUCUUUAAUGAAGUAUUCUCUCUCUCUC